AAUGACUCAAGAUUAACAUUUCUAUUGGCAUAUUCACAGCCAUCCAUCACACGCCCAACGCAACCAUUAUCAGAUAUAGAGACAAAAUUUUUAUUGAGUGAGCGGAAAAUGUCGUUACUACUCGCGCGUCAUGCACUCAGGCACUCCGCUAAAAUAAGAGGGCUUGUCGCAAAAUCUAAGGCUAGAUGGGAAUCAACGGCUUCGAAAGCAAAUACGUCAACAACCUCACAGGCUACCGAGGGUCUAAGCCGUGUCGCCUCAGCUGCAGGCCCAGUUCUCAAUGGUGCAGUAAAUGGUCUCACUGAAGCCUUAAUAAAAGUUGGAGGUCGAACCGGACGAGUUGUUGCCUUUAUUCAACGACAAAUCCCACCAACGCUCUACUAUGCGCGCGUUGGCCUCGAGCUCUCCAAAUUGGUCUUCCAUGGUCAGAAGAUGAGCCCUCCGCCCAUGAGCACCUUUCAAGUCUACUAUCAGAAACUCGUUCAAAACCUUAGGUAUCCAAGUAGCCUGCUGGGUGCCUCUUCGUCUCUAAACCCUCAGGUUUUACUCAACCGCGCAACCAAUGUCAGCAAAAGUGAUGUAGCAGCCAAAGCUGUCCUUCUCGCAGAGCUCCUUGGAUUUUUCACUGUCGGGGAAAUUCUUGGAAGAAGAAAGCUGAUUGGUUACAGAGGAGAAGUAGCUCAUCACUAG